UUUUCCCAAACACAUUCUUUCUGCGAUGUGUACAGAACAAUUUGGCAGCCGUAUACUGACAGGAGGACUUCACAGGACAGAUGUUGCUCAUUGGAGGUUCGUAGCAUCGUCGGAGUUUAGGAUGACAAAUCUCCGUGGCGUUGACAUGGAAGCCUCGCGAACGUCACGACAGACCAAGCGCCACGACUAAUCGUCAGUAAUCAGCUGCGAAGCUUCAUAUCUUGAUCACCUACUAUCACCGCUACUUACCCACAGCACAGCAGCCAUCUUAAGCCUCCGCUUCUUACUCGAACCUACAUACGUCAGCAUGGCUUCGGCAACGCCUCACGAUAAUGAGAGCGCCGACGAGAUACAAGUCACACUGUCACACCACGGCACAUCGAUCACGUUGUCCUUCCCCCAAGAUGCCACAAUAUCAGAUCUCGCAGACAAGAUAGCCGAGGACCUUUCCAUACCGCUAUCGAACCAAAAGCUCCUCAUGGGCGGCAAGUUGGGCCUUCAAAAGCCGCCGUUUAAGAAUCCAACAAUACCCCUCAGCGAUUUCAAUACUACGAAAAUCACUCUCAUGGGCAGCACUACUGCUGAAGUCUCCGCUCUGAACGCCACCAUCUCUGCCGCCUCGGCACCGCGACGCCCCGGCCCUAUAAAAGCCGCCACACCUGUGCGAAGUCGCGAUUAUAAACGUAUACAAGAAGAAGCGCGAUACACGUUUCAGACACUACGCCCGCUCCCCUACCUCCCCAACCCAUCGCGCUCGUUAGCCUUCCUCGAGCGCCUGCGCGACGAUGCAGGCAUCAAGGCCGCAAUGCGGACACACAAGUUCAGCGUCCCGCUGCUUACCGAGAUGGAUCCUGCUAUGCACACUACACACGAGAGUCGCACACUAGGCUUGAACCGCAAUCAAGGCGAGGUUAUUGAACUGCGUCUGAGAACCGAUGCGUACGAUGGGUAUCGCGAUUACAAAACGAUUCGCAAAACGCUGUGUCACGAGCUCGCGCAUAACGUGUGGGGCCCACAUGAUCGUAACUUCUGGAAUCUGUGUAAACAAAUCGAAAGAGAGGUCGAGAGGGAUGACUGGCGAAGCGGCGGUCAUAGCGUUGGGAAUCAAGAAUACUACGAACCGAGUGAGGAGGAGAUGAAUAUGUGUGAUCAUGGUGGGUGGAUUGGGGGUGAGUUUGUGCUGGGUGGCGGCAAUGGGGGAAGCUCUGGGGGCAGUGCGACGUUGAUUAGCAGUGCUGGUGGGAGCGUGGCAACGGGAAGUCUGACCAGGAGGGAGAUUCUCGCGAAGGCGGCGGAAGAGAGGGCGAAGAGGACGAAGCAAGCUGAGGAAGAGAGUCGAGGGGCCGGCUCUGCUUCCUAACGACAUCGCGUCUUUGUCUUUCUUUCUCCAGUGCCCUUCAGAGCCUGCAUAGCUGUGCGUAUACCCUUUGCCCAACGUUGGUCUUUCAGUUUAAUGGAAAAUGAUACACCCUCGAA